AUGGUUCCCUUCUUUUCCUUCUUUCUAAUUUUACUUUUCUCCGUUCUUCUUAGCGUCACAUUCUUCUCUCUUUAUAAGAUUUCUUCUUUUCUUUCCUUCUGCCUUUGCAUCCUUCAUUUUGUCUUUGACCUUUCUUCAUUUUACACCUUCCUUCCCUUGUUUUUAAUUAUUUAUGGUUCUUUACUAUGGUCUUUUACUUUACGAAUUUUUAUUCUCGGCAUUAAUUACCUGCUUUCUUUCCUUUCGUUUCUUAAAUCUUUUUUUUUCUCGUGUUUCCUGGCCUUCUCUCUUUCCCAAAUCUAUUUUACUUCUUCUUUCCUUUUCUUUUCUUAUGGCUUCAGAUUUCUACCCUCUUUUCUAUUUUACCACUCUCCUUUUUUUUACCACCACUUCUUAUUUUACUCUCUCUAUUUUCUUAUUCUGUUUUUAUUCAUCCUGGGAUAUUUUUCUCUUUCAUUCUCCGCUUUCUCAUUCCCAUUCUCUUUUUCUUUCGUAGCUAAGUUCAUUCUCUGCGUUUUACUCCUUCCUCUCUAUCAUUCCUUUUCUCCUUCCUCUCUAGCUUUUUCUUCCCUUCUAUUAUAUCCUUUCUUUGCUCCUUCCCCUCUAUCUUUUUCUUCCUCUCUAUCCUUUCUUAUCUCCUUCCUCGCUCUCCAUUCUUUUCUUCUUCCUCUUUAUACUUUCUUUUCUCCUUCUCUCUAUCCUUCCUUUUCUCUUUCCUCUCUAAUUUUUUUUUUUGUCCUUCCUCUCUAUCCUUUCUUGUAUAUUCCUCUCUAUUCUUUCUUUCUCCUUUCUAUCUAUCUAUCUAUCUAUCUAUCUAUCUAUCUAUAUAUAUAUAUAUAUAUAUAUAUAUAUAUAUAUAUAUUUUUCUCUUUCAUUUCUAUUAUUUCUUUUAACAUUCCUCUCUAUCCUUUUCUAUCCUUCCUCUCUAUCCUUUAUUUUCUCCUAUCUCUCUAUCUUUUUUCUUCUCUUUCUCUCUCUAUACUUUCUUUUCUUCUUCCUUUUUAUCUUUUCCUCCUCACUCUCAAUCGUUUCUUUUCUCUCAAUCCUAUUUUUCUCUAUACUUUCUUUUCUCCAUACAUUGUAUCAUUUUUCCCCUUCCUCUCAAUCCUUUCUUUUAUUCUCAAUCCUUUCUCUUCUCUUUCCUCUCCAUCCUUUCUUUUAUCCAACCUCUUUAUCCUUUCUUUUAUCCUUCCUCUCUAUCAUGUCUAUUGUUCUUCCUUCUCUAUCAUUUCUUCUUCUUCCUCUCUAUCCUUUCUUUUUCUUCUUCCUCUCUAUCAUUUCUUCUCUUCUUCUUCUCUAUCCUUUCUUUUCUUCUUCCUCUCUAUCCUUUCUUUUCUUCUUCGCCUCUAUCAUUUCUUCUCUUCUUCCUCUCUAUCAUUUCUUCUCUUCUUCCUCUCUAUCCUUUCUCUUCUUCUUCCCUCUCUAUCAUUUCUCUCUUCUUCCUCUCUAUCUUUUCUCUUCUUCUUCCUCUCUAUCCUUUCUUUUCUUCUUCCUCUCUAUCAUUUCUUCUCUUCUUCUUCUCUAUCCUUUCUUUUCUUCUUCCUCUCUAUCAUUUCUUCUCUUCUUCCUCUCUAUCAUUUCUUCUCUUCUACUUCUCUAUCCUUUCUCUUCUUCUUCCUCUCUAUCAUUUCUCCUCUUCUUCCUCUCUAUCCUUUCUCUUCUUCUUCCUCUCUAUCAUUUCUUCUCUUCUUCCUCUCUAUCCUUUCUUUUUCUUCUUCCUUUCUAUCUCAUUUUUCUUCUCUUCUUCCUAUCUAUCCUUUCUUUUCUUCUUCCUCUCUAUCAUUUCUCCUCUUCUUUCUCUCUAUCCUUUCUCUUCUUCUUCCUCUCUAUCCUUUCUCUUCUUCUUCCUCUCUAUCAUUUCUCCUCUUCUUCCUCUCUAUCCUUUUCUUUUCUUCUUCCUCUCUAUCAUUUCUUCUCUUCUUCUUCUCUAUCCUUUCUUUUCUUCUUCCUCUCUAUCAUUUCUUUUCUUCUUCUUCUCUAUCAUUUCUUCUCUUCUUCUUCUCUAUCCUUUCUUUCUUCUUCCUCUCUAUCCUUUCUUUUCUUCUUCCUCUCUAUCAUUUCUCCUCUUCUUCUCUCUAUCCUUUCUUUUCUUCUUCCUCUAUCAUUUCUUCUCUUCUUCCUCUCUAUCCUUUGUUUUCUUCUUCCUCUCUGUCCUUUCUUUUAUUCUUCCUCUCUAUCCUUUUCUUUUCUUCUUCUUCUCUAUCAUUUCUUCUCUUCUUCUUCUCUAUCCUUUCUUUUCUUCUUCCUCUCUAUACUUUCUUUUCUUCUUCCUCUCUAUCAUUUCUCUCUUCUUCCUCUCUAUCCUUUUCUUUUCUUCUUCCUCUCUCCCUUUCUUUUCUUCUUCCCUCUCUAUCAUUUCUCUCUUCUUCUCUAUCAUUUCUUUUCAUCUUCCUCUGUAUCAUUUCUUUUAUUCUUCCUCUCUAUCAUUUCUUCUCUUCUUCUUCUCUAACCUUUCUUUUCUUCUUCCUUUCUAUCCUUUCUUUUCUUCUUCCUCUCUAUCAUUUCUCCUCUUCUUCCUCUCUAUCCUUUUCUUUUCUUCUUCCUCUCUAUCCUUUAUUUUCUUCUUCCUCUCUAUCAUUUCUCCUCUUCUUCUUCUCUAUCCAUUCUUUUCUUCUUCCUCUGUAUCCUUGCUUUUCUUCUUCCUCUCUAUCAUUUCUCCUCUUCUUCCUCUCUUUCCUUUCUUUUCUUCUUUCUCUCUAUCAUUUCUUCUCUUCUUCCUCUCUAUCAUUUCUUCUUCUUCUUCUUCUAUCCUUUCUCUUCUUCUUCCUCUCUAUCAUUUCUCCUCUUCUUCCUCUCUAUCAUUUCUCUUCUUCUUCCUCUCUAUCAUUUCUUCUCUUCUUCCUCUCUAUCCUUUCUUUUCUUCUUCCUCUCUAUCAUUUCUUCUCUUCUUCCACUCUAUCCUUUCUUUUCUUCUUCCUCUCUAUCAUUUCUCCUCUUCUUCCUCUCUAUCCUUUCUCUUCUUCUUCCUCUCUAUCCUUUCUCUUCUUCUUCCUCUCUAUCAUUUCUUCUCUUCUUCCUCUCUAUCCUUUCUUUUCUUCUUCCUCUCUAUCAUUUCUUCUCUUCUUCCUCUCUAUCCUUUCUUUUCUUCUUCAUCUCUGUCAUUUCUUUUCUUCUUCCUCUCUAUCCUUUCUUUUCUUCUUCUUCUCUAUCAUUUCUUCUCUUCUUCUUCUCUAUCCUUUCUUUUCUUCUUCCUCUCUAUACUUUCUUUUCUUCUUCCUCUCUAUCAAUUCUCCUCUUCUUCCUCUCUAUCCUUUUCUUUCUUCUUCCUCUCUAUCCUUUCUUUUCUUCUUCCUCUCUAUCAUUUCUUCUCAUCUUCCUUCUAUCAUUUCUUCUCUUCUUCUUCUCUAUCCUUUCUUUUCUUCUUCCUCUCUAUCCUUUCUUUUCUUCUUCCUCUCUAUCAUUUCUCCUCUUCUUCCUCUCUAUCCUUUUCUUUUCUUCUUCCUCUCUAUCAUUUCUUCUCUUCUUCCUCUCUAUCCUUUCUUUUCUUCUUCAUCUCUGUCAUUUCUUUUCUUCUUCCUCUCUAUCCUUUCUUUUCUUCUUCCUCUCUAUCAUUUCUUCUCUUCUUCUUCUCUAUCCUUUCUUUUCUUCUUCCUCUCUAUCCUUGCUUUUCUUCGUCCUCUCUAUCAUUUCUCCUCUUCUUCCUCUCUUUCCUUUCUUUUCUUCUUCCUCUCUAUCCUUUAUUUUCUUCUUCCUCUCUAUCAUUUCUUCUCUUCUUCUUCUCUAUCCUUUCUUUUCUUCUUCCUCUCUAUCCUUUCUUUUCUUCUUCCACUCUAUCAUUUCUCCUCUUCUUCCUCUCUAUCCUUGCUUUUCUUCUUCCUCUCUAUCAUUUCUCCUCUUCUUCUUCUCUAUCCAUUCUUUUCUUCUUCCUCUGUAUCCUUUCUUUUCUUCUUCCUCUCUAUCCUUUCUUUUCUUCUUCCUCUCUAUCAUUUCUCCUCUUCUUCCUCUCUAUCCUUUUCUUUUCUUCUUCCUCUCCAUCAUUUCUUCUCUUCUUCCUCUCUAUCCUUUCUUUUCUUCUUCCUCUCUAUCAUUUCUUUUCUUCUUCCUCUCUAUCCUUUCUUUUCUUCUUCCUCUCUAUCAUUUCUCCUCUUCUUCCUCUCUAUCCUUUUCUUUUCUUCUUCCUCUCUAACAUUUCUCCUCUUCUUCCUCUCUAUCCUUUCUUUUCUUCUUCUUCUCUAUCAUUUCUUCUCUUCUUCUUCUCUAUCCUUUCUUUUCUUCUUCCUCUCUAUCCUUUCUUUUCUUCUUCCUCUCUAUCCUUUCUCCUCUUCUUCCUCUCUAUCCUUUUCUUUUCUUCUUCCUCUCUAUCAUUUCUUCUCUUCUUCCUCUCUAUCCUUUCUUUUCUUCUUCCUCUCUGUCAUUUCUUUUCUUCUUCCUCUCUAUCCUUUCUUUUCUUCUUCUUCUUUAUCAUUUCUUCUCUUCUUCUUCUCUAUACUUUCUUUUCUUCUUCCUCUCUAUACUUUCUUUUCUUCUUCCUCUCUAUCAUUUCUCCUCUUCUUCCUCUCUAUCCUUUUCUUUUUUUCUUCCUCUCUAUCCUUUCUUUUCUUCUUCCUCUCUAUCAUUUCUCUUCUUCUUCUUCUCUAUCCUUUCUUUUCUUCUUCCUCUCUAUCCUUGCUUUUCUUCUUCCUCUCUAUCAUUUCUCCUCUUCUUCUUCUCUAUCCAUUCUUUUCUUCUUCCUCUGUAUCCUUUCUUUUCUUCUUCCUCUCUAUCCUUUCUUUUCUUCUUCCUCUCUAUCAUUUCUCCUCUUCUUCCUCUCUAUCCUUUUCUUUUCUUCUUCCUCUCUAUCCUUUCUUUUCUUCUUCCUCUCUAUCAUUUCUUCUCUUCUUCCUCUCUUUUCCUUUCUUUCUUCUUCCUCUCUUUCAUUUCUUCUCUUCUUCUUCUCUAUCCUUUCUUUUCUUCUUCUCUAUCCUUUCUUUUCUUCUUCCUCUCUAUCAUUUCUCUUUCUUCCUCUCUCAUCCUUUUCUUUUCUUCUUCUUCUCUAUCAUUUCUUUCUUCUUCUUCUCUAUCCUUUCUUUUCUUCUUCCUCUCUAUCCUUUCUUUUCUUCUUCCUCUCUAUCAUUUCUCCUCUUCUUCCUCUCUAUCCUUUUCUUUUCUUCUUCCUCUCUAUCCUUUCUUUUCUUCUUCCUCUCUAUCAUUUCUCCUCUUCUUCCUCUCUUUCCUUUCUUUUCUUCUUCUUCUCUAUCCUUUCUUUUCUUCUUCUUCUCUAUCCUUUCUUUUCUUCUUCCUCUCUAUCAUUUCUUUUCUCCUUCCUCUCUAUCAUUUCUUUUUCCUUCCUCUCUAUCCUUUCUCUUACCUCCCUCUAUUUUCUUCUCUGUCCUUCCUUUCUUUUACCCUUACUUUUAA